AUGGCUGUCGACAGCACUACUUCUUCGUCGCCCAUCCCAAUCCCGGAGUUGACAAAGAUCACCACCGAGGCCUGCGACUCCGCUCUCAAUGAAACAACCGAAUACCAGCACGAGAAAGUCAGCGACUGGAACUCCUCCAUCAUCAACACCAUCCUGAAAGCCCUCAUCGCCGCCACCGCCCCCUCCGACUCCGAGACCAAGACCCCAGCCCCCUACCGCUUCACCGUGAACAGCACAAUCGUGCAGCAGGGCCUCAUCGACAGGACCGCCGCCGCGGACGGCACACAGACCAACGCCGGCAAGCGCGGCAUGCACUCUGCCUCCGGCGCUUACUGGGACGUCAACCGUGACGGCAUGUGGACUUACAAGUACCCCGGUGCGGAGGAGCGGGGUCUCGAUGUCGUUGUCAGUGUUACUUGGUUUGCUGUGAACUAA